AUGACGGGACUGCUUGACGACCAAAAUAAAAUUUCUCCUUUCAGUGGUGGAAGUGAAGAUAGAAAAGAUGGCACUCGAGUUGGCAAGUCAUUGAAGGAGGAUGCUCUAACCUCAAAACUGCUAUCACAAUCACAAUGUCGACCGAAAAUGAAAAACAGAAAAGCUUCUUUCAUUGGAAGGAUUCAAUUUGGUGGCCAUAUUAAGAGAAGGAUUGUCCUUGACAUUCAAAUGCUGAUGGAUGAUUGGCUUCUGUAUGUCACGUGUUUAGUACUUGUAUCUCAUCGACCAAUCACAUGUUCCGAACCCAACGCCAAUUUAUCUGGCAUCUACAUUUCCAAAAUCCAAGUUUUGCUUCUAGAUGACGGGCGCUUUCUAAUACACUCUGUAUAA